CUUGGUCUCAGUUCGACUAUAGCAUGUAAUCAACGGUGAGUUUUUUCUCAGGUAGUAAAGUGUACUAAAUGGAAGGUUACAUUGUGUAAGAAAUGUCAAAAAGAGUUAAAAAUUGUUGAAAAUUAUUUUAUUACUGUGAUAUUAAUAUUCUAUUGAUUCUGUCAAAUAAUACCAAUGAUUUCGCUAAUAAAUAUCAAAUUAAUCAGUAAUGAAACGUGACAACAUCAGAUUUUAUCUUUGUAAUGACAACAUGUGAAGGCUAUUGAAGAAUGUCAACGCGGCAUAAACUAUCAAGUUGUCAAAAAAUAAGUCAUGAAAUAAGUUUUAAUAAUAACAAUAACAAUUGAUAAUUUAUUAUCAUGGAUAAAUUACAAAUAGCUGAUAAAAUGAACUCUCAAGCUCUUUCUUGUUACUACAUAGCUGAGAGGAAUACACUUUUAAGCAGAAUCUCUGGUGAAUGUGAUUCAAAUAUUCGUAAACUACAACCUGGUGCUUUGGUAGAAGCUAAAGAAAUUCAACCGGAUGGAAGACUCCGAAUUAAAGUUUGUGAUCCAAAUAAUCCUGAUUUCUGGCGUAAAACUGAAUGGAAAUGUGCAAGACUUGACUUAAUCUCAGUUCCAGAACUUGUAUGGCAUUUUUUAGCUGCUAUUCCAACUGCACGUGAUCGUGUUUCACUGGCUAAUGAUACACAUUUUUGUGAAGAUGUAAACAAUUUAAAAGUUAAUAGGAAAGUUUGGUAUUGUCCUGAUGGAAGUACUCAAAAGUAUAAAGCUGUGAUUAAAUAUAUUGGAUCAGUUCCAGAAAUGGGUCCGGGAUUUUAUUUUGGUCUUGAUUUGAUAGAUAGACCUGAGGGUAUUCGUACAUCACUUGUAGCGAAAAAACUCGUUGCAGGCUCAUCUAAUAGCAGUAUUCUUACAACAUUGAAUAAUAUUCAAAUUCUUAAAACUGAAAGCUCCGAAAUUAUCGGAAAUGCUAGUAAACAUCCUCAAAAAGACAUUGAAGCUUCAUGGUCUAAACAACUUGAUGGCUUUGUAAAUAGUACAAUAAACAAUCAGUCGAUAAAUGGAAAGAAAACACAAGAUUUUUCUCUUCCAAUUAAUAAAAAACAAACUCCGAUUCCUGAAGAUAGUAAUAAUAAUAGUAACAAUAACAAUUCUAGAGCGGAUAGAGAAUCUGCUAGCUCAAGAUUGAACGAUGCAUUAAUUCCAAAAAUUGUGCAUCAAUCAACUAAAUCUAAAAUAUUAUCAAGCCAAGAUGGAACAAAUUUACAGAAAAGUAUGAGCAAUUAUGACUUCCUGCCAAUAGAUGACUUGCUAGAAAAAUAUGAUAGUAAUCAAAUGGUUCGAAAAGACAAUGGGAAGCCUCUUCAUUUAGGAACUGAAGUUGAAGUACUUGUCGGUUCUGAAGCAAGACAUGGAAUAAUUCGUUGGGUCGGCAAUUUGCCAGAUCUUAGCCCUGGUAGAAUAAUGGCAGCUAUCGAAUUGAAAGAUGGACAACAUCCACAAGGCACUGAUGGAACAUACAACGACAUUAGAUACUUUCAUUGUAAACAAAACAGAGCAAUAUUUACUGAUAUUAGACAUUGUCAACAGUUUGAUGUGAUGCCUUCAAAUGAUCCGUUAGUAAAGGUUAAUGGUGAAGAUUUGAGUAAGACUGAAAAUUUAGUGAUACCAGGAAUGGUAAGACCAAUAUGUGUAGAAGAUGGAUUAGAAAAAAUUUGUGGCAAAUAUCGAGGCAUUCAAGGACAUCAUAACUCUUGUUAUUUGGAUGCUACGCUUUUUAGUAUGUUCGCUUUUACAAGUGUUUUUGAUAACCUUUUAUUUAGACCGCAAAAUGAAAAAGACUGCAGCCAAUAUGAAGAAGUUCAAAGAGUUUUACGAGAAGAAAUAGUAAAUCCGCUUCGUAAAAAUAUAUUUGUCAAUGCCAAUAGCGUGAUGAAGCUUCGAACACUUUUAGAAAAACUGUCUUCAGUAUCUGGCUUAACAAGUGAAGAAAAAGAUCCUGAGGAAUUCUUAACAUCUCUAGUUGCUCAAAUUUUGAAUGCAGAACCUUUUUUAAAAUUAAGUUCUGGUCAGGAUGCAUACCAUUAUCAACUUUUUGUUGAGAAAGAUGAUCAUUUAAGCCUGCCGACUGUUCAACAAUUACUUGAGCAAAGUUUUCUUACAAGUAACAUUAGAUUGAAAGAAGUUCCGUCCUGUUUUAUUAUUCAAAUGCCACGUUUUGGAAAGUCUUUUAAGAUGUAUUCAAAGAUUCAACCUACACUUUUGUUGGACGUCACAGAUAUUAUCGAAGACUCUCCAAGGCAAUGCACUGUUUGUGGAAAAUUAGCUGAAUAUGAAUGUAAAGAAUGUUACGGCCAGUGCGGAGUUGGUCUAGAAAGUAUUGCUUUUUGCGCUCCUUGCCUUGAAAAGGCCCAUCGACAUGAAAGAAGGACAAAUCAUGAACCGAGGAAAUUAAUUGUACCAGCUGAAUUUAUUGCUAUACAAGAGCAUUGUUCAGUUCCAAGACUUUAUUUAGAAUUAUCUGCAGUUGUCUGCAUCGAAACAUCUCACUAUGUGUCUUUCGUGAAAUGUGGGUCAGGUUCUGAAGCACCUUGGUGCUUCUUUGAUUCAAUGGCAGACCGAAAAGGAGAACAAAACGGAUAUAAUAUACCAGAAAUGGUCCCUUGCCCAAAUUUCCCCUACUGGCUGAGUGAAGAAGGAGCAAAUUAUUUGUCAGAAUUGACAGAUGACCGACAACUACCUGAACACGCAAAAAGGCUUCUCUGCGACGCUUACAUGUGCAUGUAUCAAUCACCGGACGUAAUGAUGUAUAAGUAAUGACAUGGAUAAAUUUAUUAGGUAAGCUAGAUAUAUAACUUUGCUUUUUCAACCUUUGAAAAAAAAAUACAAUUAAUUAUAAAUUAUUUACAUUAAAUAAUGAAACAGUAAUCAUGUAUGUUUAAGAGAACGAAACUAUUUAUAUAUUUUUGUUGUAAUGUUUUUGUUCUAGUGAAUGCUUAAUUGAUUUAUUAUAAUAUUUUAUUUAUAACUUUGAAUUACACUUCAAACUUGUAAGUGUAAUGAAUAUAUUUAUAUUCAUUAAAAUGAUAUUAACUAUCUUAUAUUGGUCUA